CGAUAUAUGAUGCAAUGUUCUUGCUUGUGGCUAACAGGUUGGUCCAAAAAUAGCGCCAUCUAGCGUUCCCUGACACACCAACACUAGUACAUUUCAUCUGGCACUGUUGGACUAACCUUUAACUUUUGCCCAACUUUCGCCUGGUGAAGGAAGUGACUCACUCUCACGAGGUACGGCAUAGGAUUUCCUCAGAGCGGUCGGGAUUCGAAAAAAUAACACUCCUUGUGACUUGGACAAACAUGGGACCGACUGAAACGAAUUCAUUUUGUCAAUAAUGACCGGCUUGUUAAUUUUACUGGCACAAGAAAUCACGGAAAACUAUAUGUGACGUUAGCUUUGUUAAAAUGUCAUUCUAACUAUCCCCAUUAAGACUACUCCUUAGUUUAUUCAAGGCAAUAUCUAGCCUGAUUAAAUCUCGCUUAUAGCAGCCCGCCAAACAUCCGCCGGCCCCCGCGGGGAGGGGCCAGUUACCGCAGCCCAGGAUAGCGGAGUUUGUGUUACACAGACUAGGCAAUCUCCCUUGCAAUUGGUGUAUUUCUAUAAAUCUUGUACAGGCAUUGAAUAGACCUCACUUUAGAGAAUCUUUACAGAGAGAGAGAAAUAGUUUAUUGACUUUGCAGCUCAACUUGAGGCUGAACCUGUCUAUCACGUUUCAAAAAUGUUCACAUUACAUGCCUUUAUUUUUCCGGAUCGAUUUUGACAUAAAACUUUUCAUGUCGUACAAGCAAUGGCAUAGUCCAGUUUCUAUAGCUUUCAAAGACUCAACCUUGUCUACCAGGAGGUAACUAGAGUUCACCAGCUAUUCUAGGGAUAUGGGGCCCAGGGGCAGUGAUUAUCCAGAAAACGAUUUUUAUCAUCUUGCUGUUGUCUGCACUACUUUAUUUGGCGGGUACGCCUAUUAAUUGUACCGUCGUAAUUACUCCCCCAGGCUGUCCAGAAUAGCCCACUCCAUUGCAACGCCAGCUGCCUGAUAGGAGUCCCUGGUAGUGCUGUGUGGGACUUCCCCGGAAAAAUCCGCUUUUGUCAGGCGUCUACCCUCUGAUUGGUCAGCGGAGUCAGGUGACCCCCGGUGAGCUACCUGUUGUGUUUGACAUGCAAAGUUUCACCUAGCGCGGGGAGGCUGGGUCUUGUGUGUCACACACCUUUGUUCUACCUUCCGCGGUGCUUCUUGUCCCUGCGUAGGAGGGACCAGGCGCAGCGAAGUCACUCUGGUUGGGGGGAACUUGCCGGGAAUGCCCGACGAGGUUUACCUGAGUUACAGUUACACGCUGGCUGACAACAACCAUGGCAACGAUAGCAUGAUGGACGGGAGCCGCCGACGAUUUUUGGGACCUCCCUUUACCGUCGGUAUCGGGGGCCCUCCCCCUAUUAUCCAAACUAUGGCGCCCAGGCCGUCACUCAUGAGCCACGUAAGGGUUCCAGUGACAAUGUUCUACAGCAAUGGUGCACUCAGACCAGCUGGUUCGGCCCAGGCAGUGCCACAAGUGGGCCCCCCUGCACCAAGUGGACACACGGAAGCGCUAAACAUGACCAAGCGGCGCCUCGAACAGAGCGAGAACGAAAAGCUCCCGCCUAAGAAGAGGAAAACAAACUUUGUGCAGCAUGACGACGACUCUGCUCCCAGCCCGACUACAAGCACCCACUCAGGGGAAGGCAGUAAUACCAGGCUAAACGACAAACCCAUGGACCUACGGGUGAAGCAAGAACCGAGGACACAGCCCCAGUCUUGUCAACAAGGUCAAGGUGCCCCCACAGCAGUCCCGGCCAUCCCCACGCCGACGUACGGGCCUGUGCGCGCCGCUCCCGUGCCCUUCCCCGGCCCGACCGUGGUGGAUCCCCGGGUGGGCGUCGUCUCCGGGGCGGAGAUACAGAUGGCGUCAUGGCAAGACGAGGACGGAGACAC